GUCUGCUCCUUUGUCUCCUCUCAGUCUCUCCCUCCCUCCUUUCCUCCCUCCCUCCGCCCACCGAGCAUCCCCAGGACUGCGGACCCCGCCCCUCCCAGCCCCUCCUCAGCCCGCGAGCAUUUAAAGGGGACAGCGCUGGCAACGGACACCUCGCCUGGACCAAGACAGCGCCUGGACCAAGACAGCACCCGGACCGACCUUCAGCCCCAGAUCCUCUGCAGAGGCUGCGAUGUCUGGCCCUUGGUGGCCCCUCGCCCUGGCCCUGGCCCUGAUCCUGACCGGUGUCCCGGGGGGCCAUGCCCAGCAUGAACCAGUGAUGGUAGCUGAGGGUCCUGGGCUGGAUGACCUCCUGCAGCAGGCAGAGCGCCUGCUCCUCCUCCAGGGAGACCUCCGGGGGCUGCCGGGAGCGGCCCUCGAGCAUGAGUCCCAGGUCCUGCAGCCCGCCUGGCUCUCCAAGCGUCAGCACCCAGGCAAGAGGGAGGAGGACACCGAGGAGGGGCCUGAAGAGGAGGAGGAGGAAGGGGGGGCCAUGGGUCCCCAAAAGCGGCAGCACCCCGGCCGGCGCUCACCCUGGCUGGAGUAUGUGGUCACCAAGAGGCAGCACCCAGGCCGAAGGCUGGUGGAUCUCCGCAGCCAGAGGAGCUGGCAAGAAGAGGAUGUGGAGGAGGACAGAGAGGGGCCGAUACCCAAGAAGCGUCAGCACCCUGGCAAGAGGGCCCCAGGAGAGCCCUGUGGGCCCCAGGGUGCCUGUGACCAAGCCAGCCUCCUGCUGGGGCUCCUGGAUGACCUGAGCCAGGCCCAGGGGGACCAGGAGAAGUGGCAGCACCCAGGGAGGGGAGCGUCCUGGGCUAGGGAGCCCCUCGAGGCAUGAGCCCCGCUUCCUGGAUGUGGAGUUGGGGUCAGAGGACAUCUGACCCCCAGCUCUUCACAGUCCCCCAGCCCCCUCUUAGAUCUAAACUGCACACCUGAGCCCCUUCCUUCAGAGACGCAACAGCCAGCCUAGAAGGGAAAACCCAAGUUGCCCACACCUGAGCCCCUUUCUUCCACGUCAUCCAAGGGAUCCCUACAGAGGGCAGGUGCCAGGACGUCCACUUCCAGAGUCCAGCUCCUGUCCCCUGCUCCCUGCUGCAUGUGGCCAGACUCUGGUUGCAUGCCCUUCUCCAGUGUCCCCCCUCCCCUGCUCCCAGGCUCCUCCUGCAGGUGGGCAGAGCCUCUCCAUGCUGCACUCCCCUGAGAUGUCACUCUGGGAAACUCCAGUGGUGCAGGUGGCUGUGGAAGUGGAUGUGUUCUGGAACAGACGUCACCCCGGAAACCAUGGCUCAUGUGUAACCCUCUAGGCACCCUGCCCUGUCCCUGACAAUCACCCUAAUGACAAUAAAGUGACCACUGGAUCAUCUA